AUGAAUAAACUAUUUAGAACAAACAAUAAUGUGAAAAGAAAGUCGUGGGAUAGGAAUCGUUUACAGGAGUUAUCUAAACCUAAAUUCGAUUUUUACGAGUAUACUGAAGAAACGGUGACUAUUAGGCGCCAUUUUCGGACCAUAGAUUUUGAGAGGAUAAAGGAUUUGGCUACACCGCGGAGGGUAACAUCGAGCGUCGAACAGGCACCGCGCAAGUACAAUUGUUGCAAGGUACCUUUAUCGGUAUUGUUGCCAAGAUUAGAAAAGCUGUCCGUACCACCGAGACGGACUGACGUAACCGAACACGUUAAAACAGACGAAGACACAUUUUCGGUUAAAAAGUCAGCUCUGAAAUAUAUCGCUUCUGAAAGAUUGAAACGGUUAGCCACACCACGACCAUUGUACCUAGUUGAUUGA